CAGCAAAAACGAAGAAAAACACCUUUUGUCGGUUAAAAAUAGUAGACCCAAAAAUGUCGCUGAAAUCCACCAUCAACAAUUCCGACGAAGUUUCGGUUACCAGCAACGAGGAGGUAUUGGAUAAGCAGAAACUGUCCGAGGCAGACCUUGAACCGCUAACUCGGCGCGCCUUUGGAACCUCCUUCGUCGAUCACACCUGCCAAAUUGGGCACGACUUCGAUCUCAUUCAAUCGUCCGUUCCCGGGAAAGGCUGGUGGUCCAGGGCUUUGCGAUGGAUUAGAAAAAUAUGCUAUCUGGAUACGACUAGCUCCCAAAGUAGGGAUGUCUUCCGCAGCGACACGGCCAUGAGGAGAGAGCUAUCCAGACAAAUAACCUUUUAUUCGAAUACCAUACAUCCGUUCAGUUAUUUUAGAUUCGUGUGGGAAUGCGUGAUGAUUUUUACUUAUGCAAUAGCAUUUAUUAUUUUUCCGUACGAUGUUACAUUUUUGUAUGAUGAAGACGAAAAUGCACAGUUAAACAAAUUUCAUUUGUUGGUGUUAUUCAUAGACUUCAUUUGUCUGCUGGACAUUUGCUGCACUAUUCGAACCGGCUACUUUUAUAAACAGAAGCAACGCGUCGAGCUGUCCUCAGCGAAAAUCGUCAACCGUUACGUGAGGUUUUGGUUCUGGAUUGAUUUGAUCAGUUCGGCUCCUUAUCCACUGUUUGCUCACUAUCUCGACGACCCAAAGCUGAACCACACAAUCAUUGAGUGCGUACAUAGGCGAGAAGUUCAUCUGGGUUGUUUCUGGGACUUUUGGAAAAUGGCAUCCGUGUUGAAGCUGCUCCGAUUGGGAACAUUUCUGCGAUACAUCGAUAACGUUUAUUGGCGCUACGAAAUCCGGCGCAACGUCAAAAAAUUUACUACAGUUGCGACGAUUGUUGCCGUGAGCUUUCACUGGACCGGAUGUUUGAUGUUUAUGGUACCACGUUGCGUUCAAGGAACCGAUGUAGAUCAAGUCGACGACCAAUCUUGGUUAGCGAAAUUCAGGCUGGAAAAUCUAAACUCGUUUCAGCGUUAUAUCGAGUGCCUAUUCCGUACGAUGUAUACCCUUGGCAAAGUGACACAUAAACUGGAGACCUUCAUGACCACCGAAGAUGUCGUCUUGAUCAUUUUUACAACUAUCCUCGGUUACCUUCUUAAGGUUUACAUUUUGGCAGAGCUGUUGAUAUUCAUCCGCAUUCUCUUCUCGAGCAUAUCUCUGUUCCAUGAACGGCGUCACGAGCUACAGAACUACAUCAACCAUGAGCAGAUGGAUCCGGAAAUGGAAUCCCGGAUACUGGCCUUCUUCGACUUCAAAGUGACACGCCGAUUCAGUCGAAAGUCGCAGAUCGACGUCGCCAGUAGCAGGCAGUUCCAUUUGAACAUCCGCGAGGAAUGCGUCGGCCCGCUGCUGGGCAGUGUUUCACUAUUUCACGACACCCUUACGCCGGAAGCUGUCCGGAAAGUGCUGAUGGCAAUGAAUUACGAAAUGUACCUGAAGGACGAUAUCAUCGUUAGUGCUUCCGAAGGUAAAGAGGGCUCCAAAAUGGUUUUUGUAGUCCGUGGAACGGUUGCCGUCUUCACCUCCAGCUGGAAGGAAGUUCUACAUUUGGAAGAUAACGAACACUUUGGCGAGUAUCAAUUGGUGUUGGAUGAUGGAUUUAUGAAAUAUCCCAACAUAGUGGCGAUUGAGGCUAGUCAAAUCUACGUUCUGUCUCGAAUGGCCUUCCAGCAGGUCAUGAUCCAAUUUCCGACGGCAUUCGGCGCAAUGCUUGAGCUGGCCAAGGAGCGGUUCGAUGCGCUCUCGCAGCUGAAAAAGGACGUCAUCGAGGAAACGAUCGACGAAACCGACACAAUCAGGCGCACCCGGUCGGUUUUUGAUUGAGUGUUGUGAAGUUUUACAUUUUUGUUCGAUUUGAUACA